GUCAAUAAAAGACAGGAAGAAGAAAACAGAGCAGCGUAGAAGAAGAAAAACGAUGGAAACUGUUUUUUUCCGGAAGGAAGACGCGUAAUUGUGUGUUUUAAUCGAAACCCAGCUCCGUGAGGGAUGUGGAGGAUAACUGCACAAGCCUGCUGGGUUCUGCUGUCCAUCUGCUUUCUGAGGAACUUAGUUUUUGGUUGGUUUCAACACAACAGCGGAAGACCUCAAACGCAGCACAACGAGCAGGAGAGCAGCGAGUCGGACAGUGCGGAUCAGAGCUGCCUCUGUCAUCUCACAGGGGUUCUCGAUGACUGCUUCUGUGAUGUCGAAAGCAUUGACGUUUUCAACAACUUCAAGAUUUAUCCUCGCAUCAAGAAACUGGCGGAGAGAGAUUACUUCAGAUACUACAAAGUGAACCUAAAGCGUCCAUGUCCUUUCUGGCCCGAUGAUGGACAUUGCUCCAUCAAAGACUGCCAUGUGGAGCCCUGCCCAGAGAGUAAGGUUCCUAUUGGCAUUAAGUCUGGAAAUUACAACAAGUACUCCCAGGCAGCCAACACGAUGUCGGACGAGGCUGAGUGUGAGCAGGCUAAUAAGCUCGGCGCCAUCAACAGCACCCUGAGUAACCAGAGCAAAGAGGCCUUUGUUGAUUGGGCGAGGCACGAUGAUGCUCAGGAUCACUUCUGUGAGCUAGACGAUGAAACCUCUCCAGACGCCGAGUAUGUGGAUCUGCUGCUGAAUCCGGAGCGAUACACCGGCUAUAAAGGGGCUUCUGCAUGGAGAGUGUGGAACAGCAUCUAUGAGGAAAACUGCUUCAAGCCCAGAUCAGUAUACCGACCUCUGAACCCUUUGGCUCCCAGUAGAGGAGACGAUGAUGGGGAAGGCUUUUACAAGUGGCUGGAAGGUUUGUGUUUGGAAAAAAGAGUUUUCUACCGACUUAUCUCGGGCCUCCACAGCAGCAUCAACAUCCACCUGUGUGCAGAGUUCUUGUUGGACGAGGGCUGGGGCCGCACGGUGUGGGGCCCAAACAUCCAGGAGUUUCGCCACCGCUUCGACACGGCGGAGACGAAGGGUGAGGGAACGAGGCGGCUGAAGAACCUCUACUUCCUGUACCUCAUAGAGCUGCGCGCGCUCUCCAAGGUGGCGCCAUACUUCGAGCGAGCGAUCGUCAACCUGUACACUGGAAGCUCUGAGGAGGACGGAGAAACCAAAGAGCUGCUGCUGCAGAUUUUUAAUGAGGUCAAAAGUUUCCCAAUGCACUUUGAUGAAAAGUCCAUGUUUGCCGGACACAAAAUGGAGGCUAAGACUUUAAAGGAGGAAUUCCGGCUCCAUUUCAAAAACAUUUCCCGGAUUAUGGACUGCGUGGGCUGCAGUAAGUGUCGGCUCUGGGGAAAGCUGCAGACUCAGGGUCUGGGCACGGCUCUGAAGAUCCUCUUCUCUGAAAAGGAGAUCCAGAACUUACCAGAACACAGCCCGUCAAAGGGCUUCCAGCUCAGUCGGCAGGAAAUAGUGGCUUUAAUGAACGCCUUUGGCAGGUUGUCCACCAGUAUAUAUCAGCUGCACAACUUCCGCCUGAUGUUGAAGGAGAAGAGGUAACAGAGGAAGAGGCUCUGGCCCAGAUGAUGAUGAUGAUGAUGGGAGUCAACUCAGCAACAUUUUUCCAACAUCAAAGCAUCAUUUUAUUUUUCAUCCUGCUAAACCUUGACUUUGAUUUUUGCUGUUGAGCUUUUCAGGUCUUUUCUUUUCUUUUUCUAAAACCCUCAGAUGAAUCGUUGUGAUGUUCGUCGCGUUGCGGGACGAAUUUCCUUUCCUGUUCCUGCAGAUGUCCGAGGAUAAGAUGGACGCUGCCACCACAUGCUGCUUAUUGCACUUCAUGUUUCACUUCCUCCUCUUAUGAAUCAGCUGAAGCCUGCUGACUUUUCCAAAAUUCGGAGGCCUGAUUUAAUGGGCCCCACCAAAGCUUUGUGUUCUUACAGUAGUUUGUGUUUAUGCCACAGCUUGGACGAAGUUCUCUACUGGAUAUUUCCACUUCUCAUGCUUCUGUUUGGCAGCUUCCUGUCCUCCUAAAGCUGAGGCUGCUGAAUUUGAAAAUUAGGGUGAGGUAGCCCUCUGACUCCCAUUUAUGCUAAUGUUUUGCAGCUUGUAUCAUGUAACAUCACAAUGACCCUGACCGCUGGAGGGUAGGGCUGGGCAAGGCAUCAAAUGUUUGAUUUUUUUUCACCAACGCUCUCCUUGGGUUUCAUACUUCAGAGUGACAUUAGCAUGCAGAGGGCCGCCAUCGUGCUUGACUUACAGCUUUGAUUUUUUGGGGUUUUGAAUUAAGACCAACUCUAUGAUAAAGUAUUCGGUUCAGUAUUUUUAUUUUUAAUUAUUAGAAUAAAGCCAUAAUAUUACAAGAAUACAGUCAUACGAUAAUAGAGUCAUAAUAUUAGAAAAAUAAAGAAAUAAUUUUAUGAGAACUUCAACACAAAAAAUGUAAAAUUAGUGAAGUGAUACUUUGAUAUACGUUUUACAGAUAAUACUUAAUACUUUAUAGAAAUACUUAAUCUUUUAACACAUAAGCACUAAAUUAUAAGUAGCAGGACUUAGAAUCAAUCGUGUUAACAUUAGGUCUUGAUAACUUUCAGCACUUUUUACAAUGGUGUAUUUGGGCCAUAAUAGGUAGAAAAAAACUAAUACAUUUCCACUAAAAAAAUCCAAAAUCUUUAGAUUAAUUUUCUUUCUUCUAAUUUUCAAUUUUAAUUUUUGACUUUUGGAUCUCAGAAAUUUCUGUGUUUUUAAUAGAACAUUUCUGAGUUUUUGGUGGAACAUACUCCUUUUUUCUAUCGUUGGUGGCCCUAAUGCACUGUUGUAUUUUUUUCUCAUUAAAACAACUUUUUGUCUGGUAAAAUUGCAUAUUCUUCUAAUAUUUCUGCAAUAUUCUCGUAAUGAAUCAAAGUCUUUGUAGCCUGGCCCUAAUACUCCGUCAUACAAUUGACUGAUAUAAAAGCCACUUUUUGAAAUUAUUUUCUCUCAUUUGUAAUUUCUUUUUUUUACAAAAGAGAGCAAGAAGAAUAAAAUGGAUUAACAUCGGAUCUAGUACAAAAAAAUAUUUUAUUUUUAAGUCCUAUCGCCCAGCCCAACUGGAGGGUCAUUAGAGAAAUGUAAUUUUUUUUUUUACCCAAUUUAUGCCUCUUGGACUCUGAUAGCUGCUUUGGCUUCACACAUUCAAAGCGAGGUUGUUACAGUGGACUCCUUCACUAUUUAAUUAUUUUGGCUUCUGCAGAAGUUUGGUUUUAUGCUACAGAAGUUGAACUUGAAGAGCUGGUUUAUGUGCACGUUGUCUCCUUUUUGAAUUACUUGCAGCAGACUGUUAGACUUUAGAUCAGUUUUGAACAUUUUAGGAACACAGUUAUUUUACAGAUAACAUUGGACACAAGUGACAUAGGAGCAAACAGCGAGGAAAGCCAGACGUUUUUAAGAAUAAGUAUCUGUUUCCUCAAAGGUAGGACUGAGAGGACUGGAAGCUGCUGUGGUUUUUGCUGCCUAUUCCAAAGACUUUAAGAGCGAUGGAGUUAGUUAUCCUACUAAUUUAUUUAGUAAAAAAUGCAUUCCAAUAUAACAUAUUUGAAAGCAACUUCAAACAAGCAAUCCUACUGAUGUGUGCAGUGUUAGGUCAAGGAAUAACAGCUUUUGCGUUUCUAAAUCAUCACAGGCCAGAAGGGAAUGAGGAAACUGUGGUGCCUGGACCUUUUAUGUAAUAAAUAAGAAUAAUAAAAAACAUUGAACAUUCUG